AUGGCACAUGACGAGGAGGAGUUACCUGAGGACGACUCUGUGGGCAUCGCGCUGGGCCCCGCUCCAGCACCAGCUGUUGACGGAGAAGGAGAUGCCGCGUACUGCUACUUGAUUCUCUUCAACCUCAACAAGCGCAACAACCUGGGAGCAUGCCUUCGCUCGGCUGCGGCUUUCGGGGUACGCUUAGUGAUGCUUGUCGGCCGCCAAGGCUUCAAGGCCUUCUGCAAGAAGAGUGGCCAGGGAGCAGUCCCCAUCGAGCACGCUGCGACCAUCGCACAGGCCGUCGAGGCGCUGAAGGCCCGGCACCCUUCGGGCCGCCUUUCCGUGUGCGGAGUGGAGAUUCUGGAGCAGGCCCAAUCACUUCACCAGUGCCCUUUCCGAGGGCCCACGGCCUUCAUGCUCGGAAAUGAAAGAGGAGGCCUCACCCGUGACCAAAUCGCUCACUGCGACAGCUUUGUCUACAUCCCGCAAUUUGGGGGAGGCGUUGGCAGCUUGAAUGUUGCUUGCGCUUGCAGUGUGGUUCUGUACCAAUACAGUGCCUGGGCCAGUCAGGGCCAUGGCUUAGGCUUCCCCGAGGACGCGCGUCCUUCCAUGCCGGCUCCGCAUGGCGCUGGCAGCUUUGUGCUUCGUGGCUCAAGACCUAUGCCGCCAGCGCUCGCAGGCAGCGCAGUUGGCGAGUCAGGCCCUGCCAGCGCGGCUCCUGCGGAAAGCCAGCCGGACGAAGCCAUGACACCAACUUCUAAGCGAAGCAAGAGUGACUAA